GGGCGGAAGUGCAGUGGCUUUAGCCUGCUCACUAUGUACUGUGCAUUCUGGGAAGUUUCAUUAGCUCCAAGAUGGCGGCGAGCAGACGGCUGUACAAGGAACUUGAAGAAAUCCGCAAGUCUGGAAUGAAAAACUUCCGUAACAUUCAAGUUGAUGAAUCAAAUCUGUUGACCUGGCAAGGACUUAUUGUUCCGGACAACCCUCCAUAUGACAAAGGAGCUUUCAGAAUUGAGAUAAAUUUUCCAGCGGAGUAUCCCUUCAAACCACCCAAGAUUACUUUUAAAACAAAGAUAUAUCACCCCAACAUUGAUGAGAAAGGACAAGUGUGCCUGCCUGUCAUUAGUGCAGAAAACUGGAAGCCAGCUACCAAAACCGACCAAGUAAUCCAAUCUCUCAUAGCACUGGUGAAUGACCCCCAACCGGAGCACCCUCUGAGGGCUGACUUAGCUGAAGAAUACUCAAAGGACCGUAAAAAAUUCUUUAAGAACGCAGAAGAGUUUACAAAGAAAUAUGGUGAAAAACGACCAGUGGACUAAGACUUAAUGUUGUGAUUACCACCAGUGUCAUUCUAGCAGACCCGGAGCAGUGCAUUUCAGAAGCACUUGGAAGCAGGACUCUUUGGAUCACAGAUGAGUGUCACCUCCUGGUUGUUAGCCUGUGGCAGUUACUAACUUUCUAAAAGUCCCCCCUUUUAAAAUCCAAAAAGAAGGUUUAGGAAGGUAACCUUAAACAAAGCAGUUAAAACACACCCGAUGUUGUAGGUCUGCUUUAUUUCUUUAAAAAAAAAAAAAAAAUCACUGCAUUACUUGACUAUGGAUUUGUUAUCUGUUGUUUUCUUAUUUUUAAUUAGUAUUAUCUAAACAAAUACUUUUCUGUUCAGGAAUAAGUUGUGCUCCUUUGAAUCAUUUUCUUUACUAUUGUCAUCUUUUGUCCUGCUACUUUCUGACCCCUCCUUCCCCCCAAGAACUAUGUCUUAGAAUACAGUACUGAAGGUGUGUGUUAACAAGUUUAUGUUGCUGUCUACUCUUGCUUAUAAAGUUGCACUGUGUUCUGUGGAACUUGCUUUCAAAAUCUUCUUAACCUCAAUUUGUAAUAUUAAACAAUCAGAAAUUGCAGCUCUAUUACCAGUUAUAAUGUUUAAAUAAUUAUUAAAAAAAAA